AUGUCGGGUAGAAGCAUCCAAGUGCUAUUGCGUCGCAUACCAUCUAGUAACAUACGGACAAUAUCGUCCAGGGUUGCUACGAAAUCAUUGGGACCUGUUUUCACGUCAUAUCUCGCAACAAGGCAGUACGCUUCUCACGGCCAUUCCCAUUCGGAAGGAGCUUCUCAUGGUGAAGAUGCAUCUGGCAACUAUGACAGAUUAUGGCUACUGGGUUCUGUGCUUGUCUUUGGACCUGGGUUCUGGUAUCUGACACAACCAGCUGCCAAGAUUGCUCCAUCACAUGAUGACCAUGGAGAUGCAUCGCAUGCUGGAGCUUCAACUCCGACAAAAAUACACAAGGACGAUGAUGAAACACAAACUGAUGUUACCCCUGUGUCUGAUGACCAUGCUGAAGUUCCAAGCGAACCGCCAGCUGUACAAUAUGUCCUAGUGGGAGGCGGUACUGCUGCUUCAAGUGCUGCUGAGGCCAUCAAGGAAAAGGAAACUGCGGCGGAUGUAUUGAUCAUUACUGAAGAGGUGCUUAUUGAAAAUCCCCCUGAUGAACCAAUUGUUGCUGUACUUGUUUCUGAAGUUGAAGGGAAGGAGGAAGAAUCUCAAGUUGAGGUGAAGGAGGAAGACUCCAAAGUUGAAGUGAAGAAAGUAGAAGAAGUGUCGAAACCAGCAGCAAAAGACGAUGGAAAUGUCUCGGAUGAGGAGUACAUAGAGGCCUACGCUCCAUAUAUGAGACCGCCACUGUCAAAGGAAUUAUGGUUUGAAGCCGAUAGUAGUUCAUUGAAAUUCAAGGAUUGGAAUGGGAAAAGCAGGGAUCUGUUUUAUCGACCAGAGAUAUACUACACCCCGGUCGAAAAGUCAUUGGCCUCUCUCCACAAACCUCAGGAUGAUUCAAAAAAAGUGCGACUUUUGACUUCAACACGGGUAACUCGUAUAGAUCCUGAUGAGCACUCCCUUACACUCGACACUGGGAAGACAAUCAAGUAUUCCAAGAUUCUCAUUGCAACAGGUGGCACGCCGAAAGGACUUGAUUCCUUUGAUUCUCUACCUGCAAGUUCUAAAAAGCAUGUCCACAAAUACCGAUCUGUACAAGACUUUAAACAAUUAGACCAAUUAGUCAAAUCACAGAAGUCUGUUGUGGUCAUUGGUGGAGGGUUCUUGGGCAGCGAACUAUCUGUUGCGCUCGCCCAAAGGAAGAAUUCUGGAGUCAAGGUCACCCAGAUCUUCCCCGAAGAAGGUAACAUGGCAUUGGUAUUUCCAAGGUAUCUCACAAAGUGGACUAGUCGUCGACUAGACAAGGAGGGUGUAACAGUCAAACCAUCAUCAGUUAUUUCAUCUGUCAAACCAAGUAAAGAUGACAAAAUCACAAUCAAUCUCAAGUCCGGUGAACAAGUCAUCGCUGAUGAAGUUGUAUUGGCUGUUGGUAUUCAACCUAAUGUCGACGUAGCUAUUGCAUCUGGACUGGAAAUCGAUGAUACACGAGGUGGUAUUUCGGUGAAUGCUGAACUUGAAAACAGGACAGAUGUUUUUGCUGCUGGUGAUGUUACCAGUUAUCAUGAUAUGGCGUUGGGAAGGAGACGUGUAGAACAUCAUGAUCAUGCGGUUAUGUCGGGACGAACUGCUGGUGAAAACAUGGUUGGGAAAAAGAAACCAUACACUCAUUUAUCCAUGUUUUGGAGUGACCUGGGACCAGCAAUUGGCUAUGAAGCAGUUGGUGUCAUCGACUCUUCGUUAUCAACAGUUGGAGUAUGGGCAAAGGGCCAUGAUCAAAUAAGACCACCUUCUCCAGGUGAAACGCCAAAACCUGUAUCAAACAAACCAUCCAAUCCAGAAACAACGUCAAACACAAAGGAUGAUGAGGAAUAUGGCAAAGGUGUUGUCUUCUAUUUGUCGCCAGAGAAAAGAAUUGUUGGUGUUUUGAUGUGGAACGUUUUUGGAAAAGUCCCUCUUGCUCGUCAAGUCAUCAAGGACAAGAAGACAUUUUCAGAAGUCAAUGAGAUUGCUGGAUUGUUUAAUGUGCAUGAUACUGCAUAG